AUUCCUAAAUCCGCGCUCGCACCUACAACGGAAUAUGUCGCAACGUUUUUCGAACUGAUUACCGAUGAAAUGGUGACAAAACAGAGAUUUUUGAAUACAACUGCACCUUUGUCAUUCGCCGAAUUGGUACGUUACAUUCAAAGCAACAAAUUAUCUAUUUACUAUCCGGUCUACAGUUUCGGCCGUAUAAUCCCUAAACGUUACAAUGAACUUUUUGAAACUUAUAUUCCAUAUAUGGCUACCCAAUUAAGAAAAGCCAUUGAGAAAGGCGACAGUCAUCAAAUUCAAACGUAUAUUAUGGCAUUGGGUAAUUUCGGUCAUCCGAAAAUACUUUCCGUUUUUGAGCCAUAUCUGGAAGGCAGAAUUCCGAUAUCGAAAUUCCAACGUUUGAUGAUGGUCAUCUCAUUAAACAGAUUAACCGAAAGCUAUCCGAGAGUUGUCAGAUCCGUCGCCUUGAAGAUUUACUUGAAUUUAAAGGAGGCCUACGAAUUACGUUGUGUAGCUGUUCACAUCAUAAUGAAAACCAAUCCAUCCCUAAUAAUAUUGCAGCGAAUGGCGGAAUUUACCAAUCAGGAUCAGGAUCGACACGUAAAUUCUGUCGUCAAAACCAGUAUAGAAUCCCUCAUUAAUUUAGAACAAUCAGAAUGGCAAGAUCUCGCUGAAAAGGCGCGUAUCGCUAGCAAGCUAUUAAAUCCUAACAUUAGCGAGGAUAAUUACUCUCAGAGCAUUUUUAUGCAAACGAAAAUCGCCUCCUUAAACAUUGCUCAAACAAAUAUUUAUCAGAUAAUUGGUAGCGACGACACUAAUACACCUAAAGGUGCAUAUAUUGAUAUACUUCAAUCUUACGGUGGAUUAAAUCUACCCCUGACAAAAAUGGCAUAUACAGUAUCAAGCAUCGAAGAGUUGAAACAGAAGUGGUUAGGUAUAUGGCUAGGUGAACAGUCCUGGAUGCCUCAAAAUCAAACCAAGAAGGAAUGGAUGAUUGAAACGAUAGUUGAAAAGCUUGGCAUUGAGCCCGAAAAUGCAGAACAGUUGGAAGGAAAUUUCUUUAUGGAUUCUGCAUUUUCUUUAGGAUUCUAUCCCUUUGACAAUCGUACGCUUGAAGAAUUUACUAAUAUGUUGAAAACGUAUCAAAAAUCGAUAUCGCAAACAGGAUCAUACGUUUUUGAAUACAAAAACAUAAAUGAUCUAAACCAUUACGACGUAACGUUGGGAUUCCCGACUGAAACCGGUCUGCCGUUCAUCUAUACUUUAGCAUUACCGAACAUAAUGUCCAUUAACAAGGGAGCAUCUGUUAAAGUCACACACUUACAAAAUGAUAGCUUUGUAGAACUGGCAGUAACAGGUUAUAUAGUAUCAAGUGAAAAGAUCCAAAGUAGAAUUGGUUUCGUAACACCUUUCGAGCACAGACACUAUAUUGCUGGUGUCGAUGUCAAUACGCACGUUGCUAUACCAGCCGGAUUAAAUGUCAAAGUGAGAGGUAACGGUACAUUUGAGCUGAAGAUACACCCUCAUUAUAACCAUCGUGUUAGCAGGUUUUCAAUCAAACGAUUAGCGAUUCACCAUAGUGUAGUUCCUUAUACCUCAAAACAGGACAUUCUCGAACUUGUAGAGUUCAGCAAUGACAGACGUCUAGUACACACGAAGGAACCGAAUAAAGUACAGUUUUCGCUAGGUAAUCUGACACUCUCCGCAAGAAGUGAUGUUAUUGACAGCGAUAUGUCGCAGAAGAAGGGACUUGAAGGUCUUAUUAAGCUUUCUACUAUAUUUUAUUUAAAUCUUGGUGCUCAUUACAGGAGAUUCGACGCCAUCUUAUAUCCCGUAGAAGCACAAGUAAAUUUAACUUAUUAUGUCAGGAGGACUAAUAGAAGUUCGGAAGUAACAAUUCCUACAAUAGUUGACAAACGACCUAACAGCAGGGAAAGAGAAGAACAAUUUUUAGAUGAAUUCACAAUUACCAAAGAUAAUAGAUCUGACAAUUAUGUUUAUUCUGUCACGACAUCUACAAUGUAUGACAUAAGUGUUUUAGCUGAUAAUAAUUAUUACGUUUUCACCUUUGUUUUGGGAGACAGCCUCGAUAAAUUGCAGACUCUUUCUUAUGGAAAUGUCCAAUCGCUAGAUGGAGAAGUCUUCUGGGAGUUUUGCAGUGUUAAUAGCAUUGUUGGAUUAUCACAAUACAAUCAUCUAAAUGUUGAGAAAGCAAUCGAAACAAAUCCGAAUUACGAUUUUAACGCUGAAAUGCGAUUUGGAAGUUGUGCAAGUGGAGAGACGAUUAAACUCAAAGGAAAUUUGAGUCGUUCCGAUGAUGUUAUAAAGAAAGCAAUGAAAUCCGAGGUAGUUGAAGAGUGUCGACAACAGAUGAAACAAGGCAAUAUUUGGCUACCAAUUUGUCAAAAGGCCCACGAAUUAAUUCAACAGAGGGAUCUUCUGAUUAUGUCAAUGGAAACGAAUUCUGAUAAUUUCUAUUUGCUUGCCAACAGAAUGAUCUUGAUGAUCAAAAUGAUGAUUUCCGGUAAUAAUAUGAAAAUAUCAAACUUGGAAAGCGUUAAUAAGACCAUGAAUUUAAAAAUUAAAAUGCUGCUUGAUAAUAAUGAUGUUAACAUUUCUUUGAGCACUUCGCAAGUGGAUGUUUCGUUUUCUUUGUCGCACUUUAUUAAAGAUCCUAAUGUUAUUCCCAAUUGUACACUAAACAAACUGUUUAAGGAAGACUUGAGAGGAGAUAUGUGCGUUCUCGACAAAACCCAUGUUGUAACUUUUGACAAUAAGGUCUAUCCCUUGACAUUAGGAAAAUGUUGGCACGUUAUGAUGGCGCCUUAUCCAAAGCGGGAUUCCAAUAAUCCCGAAAAAAUUUUAAGUUUUCGGUAUGAUGUGAGGGCAAUUGUCAUGGCCCGAGAAAUGGUCGACGGCAGUAAACAGAUAUGGAUAAUCUUGGGUCAUGAAGAAAUUCAUCUGCGAAAAUUGGACGAUCGUCUCCAAGUUUCUAUCGUUGGUGGUGAGGAAUAUGAUUCUUAUUUCUCGAGUCAUAAGAGCUACGGACAAACUGACUUAUACGCAAUUAAUCAAGAGGAUGGAAUAAUCAUAAUGCAUUCGCUGCAAUAUAAUAUUCACAUGGUAUAUGAUGGAGAACGUAUCCUAUUUUAUGUACACGAUAAAUAUCUCUAUACUGUACGCGGUCUCUGCGGUAAUUACGACAUGCGAUCCAACAAUGAUUUUAUUACCCCUAAAAAUUGUAUCCUGACGAAGCCCGAAGAAUUCGCCGCUACAUAUGCUCUGACUUAUCGAGAGGACUGUGAAGGACCUGCUUUGCAGAACAAACUAAAAGCCGAACAAUCCACGUGCAUUUCGAGAUCGUAUAUUCCGGGUAACAUCAUCAGUGAAAGAGAAAAGGGAAGAUGGGACUAUUACUCGAUAUGUUCAAAGACAAAACAACAAUAAUCGGAUAGUUUU